CAGGCCAGCCAUGUGGGCAGAGGCCCUAGAUGAAGAGCCCAGAGUUUGGCUGGCGCCCAGUGGCAGCCACUUCCUUGUGAAAGGACUGUGGUAGCUCUCUGGGAGCUAGUACUAGGCUGAGGUGUCUCUCCUGGCUUGGACCUCUUGGCUCUUAGGCUGCUCAGGGAGAGUUCGUGAAUCUCUCCCGGCUUUCUUCCAAGCCUGGCAGCUAGGGGUAGGCUUGGCCCAGGGAAGGGGCAGGCCCCCGAGCAAGCCGGCACAGCUACCAUCUCACCUUCCGGUUUUACUUCUCAAGCCUAGAAUGAAAUAAGUUCUGGGUAGGAGGCCUGGUACCAGGUGGGCUAACCUGACCCCUUUUGAUCCUAGGUGAAAUUCUGCUUUUGACUUGCUGCUGCUGGGUGGCAGCAAGGUCACCCCAGGCUUGGGUCCCAUCUGCAAAAGGAGUCCCCUCCUGUUUGUUCACAUUAGCUCAUCUGUAAACAAGCAGAGGUCUCAGAGACCCGUUUUUCCCAUUUCAUUGUUUACCCUUCCCUGCCUCCCCAUCCCCCGGCAGCCCAAACUGCCCUCCAGUCUUGGAGUCUUCUUUUUUGCUGGCCUGGAACUGUACCCAGACCUCUACCAGGCUAGUACAGAGGGAUCCUGCCAUGGUGACCCAAUCCUUGUUAUCUAGGGCUUGGGGCAUCCAGGUGUCUCAGGAAGGAGGGAUGCUACUCAGAUCAGCCUUGUGGGGACCAGUGACUUCAAGGAAGCUUGCCUGAGAAUCCACCCAAAGAGACAUGUGCAGAGGCCUAGAAAUGGUCCUCUCCAUCCUGGGUAGAUAGAGCCUGGGAGGCAUUAGAGGCAUUAUGAGGGACCUUGCCUUCCCUUUCUGAGUGGGAAUCAGACCUUCUCAUGUGGGGCCUACUUGAACAGGCCAGCCUAACCCUGUGUGAGCCUAGCAUCCCAGGGGCAUGAUAGAGGUGGGUACCCUGUGCCCACAGGAGGCUUGUAGUCCCUUUUUCUUCUUCCCACCCCUGGAGGUUGGAUCUUGGUGGUGACUACGGUAGUUUUCAGGAUGAUCUGCUCCAUGGACCCUGUUCCUCCUACUUCUGACAGAUUUCUGGGGUUCAGGACCUCCCUGGGGUAUUCAGGUGCCUCUAGAGUGCAUGGAGAUAAAGCACGUUGGAGACUUUUGGCCUUUAGCCUGUUAGGGUUGGUGGAGAGUCGCUGCUGAAGCAGGACUUGGGUCUCCUGGCUCUUCCCUCUUCCCUCUUUGUCCUGGAUGUUCCUUUCGGGCUUUAGCCCAUGGUCACCAGCCUCCCCCUGAGGAGGCUCACGUUGGAUGGUCCGCUUGGCUUUCUCUCCCCUGGGCCUUGGCUCUGAUUCCACCUUUUCUGGACGGAGUGAAGCUUGUUCUAAACCCGCCUCAGCCAUGCCCAGGGUGAAGCAUGGAGCUGCGUGUGGGAAAUAAGUACCGCCUGGGCCGGAAGAUCGGCAGUGGGUCCUUCGGAGACAUCUACUUGGGUGCCAACAUUGCCUCUGGUGAGGAAGUAGCCAUCAAGCUGGAAUGUGUGAAAACGAAGCACCCACAGCUCCACAUUGAGAGCAAGUUCUACAAGAUGAUGCAGGGAGGAGUGGGGAUCCCGUCCAUCAAGUGGUGCGGGGCUGAGGGAGACUACAAUGUGAUGGUCAUGGAGCUGCUGGGGCCCAGCCUCGAGGACCUUUUCAACUUCUGUUCCCGAAAGUUCAGCCUCAAGACGGUGCUGCUGCUGGCCGACCAGAUGAUCAGCCGCAUCGAGUAUAUCCACUCCAAGAACUUCAUCCACCGGGAUGUGAAGCCUGAUAACUUUCUCAUGGGCCUGGGGAAGAAAGGCAACCUGGUCUACAUCAUUGACUUCGGCCUGGCCAAGAAGUACCGCGAUGCCCGCACCCACCAGCAUAUCCCCUACCGGGAAAACAAGAACCUGACUGGUACUGCCCGCUAUGCCUCCAUCAACACCCACCUGGGCAUCGAGCAAAGCCGUCGAGAUGACCUGGAGAGCUUGGGCUACGUGCUCAUGUACUUCAACCUGGGCUCCCUGCCCUGGCAGGGUCUCAAAGCAGCCACCAAGCGUCAGAAGUAUGAGCGUAUCAGUGAGAAGAAGAUGUCAACGCCCAUUGAGGUCCUCUGCAAAGGCUACCCCUCCGAGUUCUCGACAUACCUCAACUUCUGCCGCUCCCUGCGGUUCGACGACAAGCCCGACUACUCGUACCUGCGCCAGCUCUUCCGCAACCUCUUCCACCGGCAGGGCUUCUCCUACGACUACGUCUUCGACUGGAACAUGCUCAAAUUCGGUGCAGCCCGGAAUCCCGAGGAUGUAGACCGGGAGCGGCGAGAACACGAACGGGAAGAGAGGAUGGGGCAGUUGCGAGGGUCUGCGACCAGAGCCCUGCCCCCUGGCCCCCCUACGGGGACUACCGCCAACCGACUCCGGAGUGCAGCCGAGCCUGUGGCUUCCACCCCAGCCUCUCGCAUCCAACAAGCUGGCAAUACUUCUCCCAGAGCGAUCUCACGGGCCGACCGGGAGAGGAAGGUGAGCAUGAGACUCCACAGAGGUGCGCCUGCCAACGUCUCGUCCUCAGACCUCACUGGGCGGCAAGAGGUCUCCCGGAUUUCAGCCUCACAGACAAGCGUGCCAUUUGACCACCUCGGGAAAUGAGGGGAGCCACACGGACCAGUGUUUGCUUAGUUUCUACACUGCAUUUUCUUUAAAAACAAAAUAAAACAAAGGACAGAAAGAAAGAACCAACCACUCAAAUGAUCAAAAAGGAAAAAAACAAAAACAAAACCACAACCCAGCACAAAGUCGACAAUGGAUUUUGUUUCUUUGAUUUAUUUUUCCAAUGGUAAAAA